GCUGAGUACCCUCAGAGGCAGGUGACUAGUCAGCUGAUAAAAGUCGGCUGUUUGUUGUCAACAAGACGAAGUGCUCAGUCAUUGUGGUGUAGUCCGUUUCUGUGAUUCUCCUGCGGUUACAAUGAGGACCUUCUUACUGUUUGUGUUCGCAGCGUUAGCCCUGACUAACGACGCCUUAGUCCGAAUUCCCUUAAAGAAAUUCCGUUCCAUCAGACGCGAGUUGACUGACUCAGGGAAAAGAGUCGAGGAGCUUCUGACUGACAAACACUCCCUCAAGUACAACUUUGGCUUUCCCUCCAGUAAUAACCCCACUCCAGAAACCCUGAAGAACUACCUUGAUGCUCAGUACUAUGGUGAGAUUAACCUGGGCACCCCUCCACAGACAUUCACUGUGGUGUUUGACACAGGUUCCUCCAACCUGUGGGUACCCUCCGUUCAUUGCUCCCUGUUUGACAUAGCAUGCUGGCUUCACCACAAAUACAAUUCUGGAAAAUCCAGCACAUAUGUGAAGAACGGCACUUCCUUUGCCAUCCAGUAUGGAUCUGGCAGUUUGUCAGGCUACCUCAGUCAGGAUACAUGCACUAUUGGAGACAUAUCAGUACAAAAACAGAUCUUUGGAGAGGCCAUCAAGCAACCCGGUGUGACUUUCAUCGCAGCGAAGUUCGAUGGCAUCCUUGGUAUGGCCUACCCAAAAAUCUCCGUGGAUGGGGUGGUGCCGGUGUUUGACAACAUCAUGAAUCAGAAGAAAGUGGAGAAGAAUGUCUUCUCCUUCUACCUGAACAGGAACCCUGACACAGAACCCGGUGGUGAGCUGCUCCUGGGAGGAACUGACCCCAAAUACUACGAUGGUGAUUUCCAUUAUGUCGACAUCACCCGGCAGGCCUACUGGCAGAUCCACAUGGAUGGGAUGGCAAUUGGCAGCCAGCUGAGUCUGUGCAAGGGAGGCUGUGAGGCCAUCGUAGACACUGGAACCUCUCUGAUCACCGGCCCCGCUGCCGAGGUCAAGGCCCUGCAGAAGGCCAUCGGAGCCAUUCCGCUCAUCCAGGGAGAGUACCUGGUGAACUGCAGUAAGAUCCCAACGCUGCCUGUCAUCACCUUCAACAUAGGCGGACAGAGCUACACUCUGACCGGAGAGCAGUAUGUCCUCAAGGAGAGUCAGGCUGGAAAGACCAUUUGUCUGAGCGGCUUCAUGGGUUUGGACAUCCCUCCACCUGCCGGGCCCCUGUGGAUUCUGGGAGAUGUGUUCAUCGGCCAGUACUACACAGUCUUUGAUCGUGACAACAACAGGGUGGGCUUUGCUAAAUCCAAAUAAGCACAUCCUGAACUCAGAAGGAGCAUGUUCAAGUGCAAAACUACAAAUCUGAGCUGCACAAGUUUUCUCUUGCUUUGCAAUCAGUUGGUUUUUAGCAAUAGACUUUGUGUAAUAGACUAAAUGCACUGAUCUGAACAAUUUGUAUGAUUUCCAAGAGUGGGAGAAACAGAUUGGAUAUUUCCUAAGUUGUGUGAUGAGUGUAUAUGAUCAGUUGAUUGUACAGGUACUGCCUAUUGAACUGAUCUUUUUUUUCUUUUUAAUCAGGGAUUUGUUUUAAAGAGAAUUUUGAAUUUGCAUUUUUAGGUGAAAGAUGGCAUCAACUACUGACAGGUUUAUCUUUUAAUGUAAUUAGCGUCAGUAAACACUUUUUAAAAGAUGAUCUGUUUUGUGCUUUGUGGCUUUGAGUAAAUUGCUUUUGGUUGGAUCUCUGAAGAAAACA